AUGUCGAGCACUCACGCUCUGAAUCUUUCUAUCUCUCUGGCUUAUAUUCGACGGAAACUACGCUCACGCAAGUGGAACCCGGUGGUUCGCGGCCUGGCAGAAGCCCCAACGUUGAACGAGAUCACGUAG